AUGCUUCUCCCACGGCGAGCGGUCCUCUUCCUCAGCGCCUGCUUCUUCCUCAUCCUCCUCCUCACAGCCCGAAGCCUCUCCAGACCAUGGCGUGACGUGCCCCAAGUCAUAGGUCUAGGCGACCUCACCACAUCUCACAAUGCCUCAGGAUCAGGGUCAACAAGAUGGAACAUAAGCCGCGGUCACAACCCCAACGACCUCUACGCGCCCCCGCCAAACUUCAUUCCAGGCACACCAAAGCCUCCGGGCUACAAAUACACCAAGACAAUGGUCGUAGCCCGCACAAAACAAGAAGACACAACCUGGAUAGCAGAGGAAUUGCCGGACUGGGAACGCGCCGUCUACGUCGCAGACGACCCCUCCGCUCCCCUCCACCCGCCCAAGAACAAGGGCCACGAAGUCAUGAUCUACCUUACCUACAUAGUCGACCACUACGACCGCCUGCCCGACGUAGCAGUAUUUAUGCACUCGCAUCAAGUCGCUUGGCACAACGAUAACCUCUUCGGCGGCGAUGCAGCCGAGCUGCUCCGUCGCCUAAACCUGAACCGCGUCGUCCGCGAGGGUUACAUGAAUACCCGCUGCGGAUACGGGCCCGGCUGUCCGGCGUGGAUGCACCCCGGUGCCAUUGAAUCGGAUGAGUCGAAGCAGGAGGAGACUAUGCUGGCGCGCGCUUGGGGUGAACUCUUCCCCGACGAGGCGAUUCCGAAUGUUCUGGCUCAACCCUGUUGUGCGCAGUUUGCGUUGUCCAGGGAUCGUAUCCGAUCCAUUCCGCAUGCGCGGUAUGUGUUUUAUCGGGAUUGGUUGCUUGGAACUGAUUUGAGUGAUUAUAUUACUGGGCGGAUUUGGGAAUAUCUGUGGCAGUAUGUUUUCACAGGCGAAGCUGUUGUUUGUGUUGAGGAGACUGUUUGUCUGUGUGAUGGGUAUGGAUUCUGCUUUGGGGGUAAUGAGGAGUUUAGGGAGUAUCAGGCUCUUGAGGCGAAGGUUUCUGAGUUGCAGGGUGAUAUGGCGAGUUGGAUGUGGUUCGCUGAUAACCUUGACUUUGCCGAUGAGAAUGAUGGAGGUGCCGGGGAAGAUGAUAUAUCUUUGCAAGAGAAGAUUGAGGGAGCGGAGAAGCAGAUUACCAAAACGCUUGAGGCUGCUGUAGAGCGUGGCAAGAAUCCGAAGAACCGUGCCCUGGAGGCCGGUCGUCCUUGGAAGGACGGUGAUGGGUUCUAA